AUGUUCACUCUACUUGAUGUGAUCGAGUUCCGGCCCUUCAAGAGCGCCAAUGAAACGGUUCUCGCUGACACCUUUGAUCAGCUCGAGGUUGUCCGCCCAGGUAACACGCCGAUUGUGCAGAGAGGCACCCAGGCGAAGUAUCAAGAGUCUAUCUAUCUAUCUAUCUAUCUAUCUAUAUUUGGUCAAUGGGCAGUCACCUGUGAUUGUGGAGCUACAGUAGACGAAGGUGCAUACCACCUCUUGACAUGCAAGCGUCACGGUGGCCCAAUUUGGCAGCACGACUUCAUUGUCUCGGCCUGGUGCAGGUGUCUAAAUUCAGCUGAUGUUCUCCACAAGAAGGAAGUGCGCAACCUCUAUGUCGACAGCCUUGGUCGCCCGGAUAUUGUGACCUUUGACUCAGGUAGCUUGACCAAUGCUGAGAUAGAUGUCUCGCUAGCUCAUCCCUACAACAAGGAGGUGGUUAGCUCUAGUGCUAAAGUGACUGGCCAUGCCUCCCUUGUUCGAGAACAACACAAGAAAGAGAAGUACAAGCAAUUUCACCAUCCAGGAGGACAACGUCCAGAUGUCAUCCCCUUGGUACAUGAACAUUUUGGGAGAUGGGGCAAGGAAGCCAUUAACUUUCUCAAGUCCCUAGGGGAUCGCUCCAAGGAUGAAUAUGGUCAAUACAACAAAAAGGAUUUUAUGUCAGUGUCUAGACGCCGGAUUAGCGUUGCACUUCAGAAAGGCAAUGCUAAAGUUAUUCUAAGGAAGCUGGAAAGACUAAUUUAUGCUUUUUCUUCGCUUGACCUUGCUUUCACAGACGUUCAGUCUUACGUUCAUUAGAAUAGACAGCAGUUUUCAUUAGUCUUUUGUGCUAGAGAAAGAAAUUAUUCAAUAAAAUCUA